UCAGACUUUUCCCAGUGGAGCUGGAGAAUGAGUUCAAUGAAAGCUGUCUGCUUGCAGUCUUAAAGGGCUGCAGGCAUUUGAAUUACUAUUUCUGCUGCUUCUGCUUGGCUCCCUUGGAGCGUUAAGCCAGAAACACUAUCAGGAGGGAUGGUGAGUGCAUGGGAUCAUCUCACAGAACAGGAGUGAUCCAUUAGUUUCUUCUCUAUCAACAGCUUGAGAGGAUCUACUGCACGCUUUGAAAGAAGCUAUGAUCAGGCUCAGUUCUGCAAAGCAAGGAAUGAGGAUCAUCCUGGCUGAAUAAAAGUUGUGGCUUCCUAGUCUGAGAUAAUGGUUUUGUCUGUCCCAGUGAUUGCUCUGGGAGCUACAUUGGGGACUGCUACUAGCCUCCUUGCCUUAUGUGGUCUUACCUGCUUCUGCAAAUAUAAGCGACCUGGGAAAGGAUCCUCGGACAAGGAACAGGAUCUGGAGACGGAAAAUGCCAAACCUAGCGUGCUUCAGGCACUCUAUCAGUUUAAUGUUGAGAAGACAGCAGAGCCAGUACAACCCCGGACAAUCCUCGGCUUUCCUCACAUCUAUGGCCCAAAGCCUGUUGUGACCACCUCAGAAAUUGUUAACUAUGUAGAUUACAACUUGAAGACAGUAGAAGAACCAAGCAAGGGAAAACCUGAAGCUCUGGAUAAGAAAAGGAUGACCAUACAAGUCAAUGAAGAGCUAUUUCUUCUCCCUCAAAAUGUUUUAGGUGGUGUGAAGGAUGUUUGUGUCACUGAGCACCUCAGUCCUGAAAGUGCUGCAGGCUGCAAUCAAGUCCCAGAACUUCAUUAUUGUCUGGGCUACAACCGACAGAAAGAAGCACUGUCCGUUGCUUUCCUUGAAGUUUUAUAUGGAACCACAUCAGGAGACCAAAACAAUGGAAGUGAUUGCUACAUCUUAGGCACUUUGGUGAGCAACUCUGGAACUAUAGAAGCCCAGACUGUGAUGAAGAAGAAGCAAAUCCAUGUUGUCUGGGAAGAAGCUCUACUGUUUCCAGUUAAGGAGAAGAUGCUGCCGGAGGGGACAUUAACCCUCACCUUGAGGAACUGUGACAAGUUCUCUAGACACAGCAUUAUUGGUGAAAUUAAACCAAAUCUGGCUUCUGUAGGGGAGCAAUAUGGACCAGUACAGUCUGAGAAAGUGAAAGUCCUUGACAAGGAACCAGACACAGGCUAUGGAGAAGUUCUGCUUUCUAUCAGCUAUUUGCCUGCUGCAAAUCGCCUGCUUGUGGUACUUAUAAAAGCAAAGAGCCUUCAUUCCAAACAGCUGAAAGAACUCAUUGGAAAAGAUAUAUCUGUCAAAGUGACACUGAAGCACCAGGCCUUGAAACUGAAAAAGAAGCAGACAAAGCAUGCAAAACACAAGAUCAACCCAGUAUGGAAUGAGAUGAUCAUGUUUGAGGUACCCCAUGAUCUGCUCUGUGCUUCAAGUGUAGAGCUGGAGAUGCUAAGCCAGGAUGCUGAUGGGCAGAACCGCUUACUGGGCAAGUGUAGCCUUGGUCUGCAUGCUGUGGGAACCGAGAGGAACCACUGGGAGGAAAUGCUGAGGAACCCCAGAAGGCAGAUUGCUAUGUGGCACCAACUUCACAUGUAGAUAACAAGGUGGAAAUGGUGAUCCUGUCAUGUUCAAUAACCUGGUCUCAGACCUAGAAAAAAAAAAGAGUUCUGUUUAACAUCCCAAACACGCAUACAUCAUGAAUUGAAUCCAUUCACGUGAUUAAGCACAAGUCUUGUUUAUUAAUACUGUUCUUAACUGUGUUUUACUAAAUGAAUAUUGUUGAAAUGGGCUAGUCAAAAUGGCAAAUAGUUCAUUGAGCCAUGAUAAUGAUCGGCGUGUUGGAUCAUUUCUUCAGCUUCUAUUUCUAGCCAUGCACAAAGGAUUAAUUUUAUUUUUUGCUACUUAAUAUCUGACUAAUAUUAUCAGAUAUAAUGAGUAAUUUCAUUCAAGAUUUUAAAAACACAAGCCCCAAUUGUGUUGGGCCCAGUAUUGUCCACUCAAUUGUGGCUAUCUUGGAAAGCUAUGAAAAACUAUGAUAUUAUUUACCUAGCAAUUUGUACCCUGUACAAUCAGCAGAUGGCUACCUCUAUUCUUAAAUGUUUUUGUUAAUGUAUACAGGGAUAUGUACCAUGUCAUCUAUGUAUGUGGCAAAGAGAAAGAGGACAUUUUUCUCUCUGAAUCUAUUUACAGUCUAUAGGCAGAGACAAGAUAAACAGCAGACCACCCACCCACCCCCCAAAAAUCCCAAGAAUGGGGCUAAACAAAAUAAUAUAAAUCACAGAUAAUUAAAAUGCAAAUUACUUAUAAAUAAGGUCCAAUUAGGUAUGAUAUUAAACUGCAUUAAUUUGAACAUUUCUGGUAUGCCAAUACAAGCAUGGGUGACAAUGUUUCAGGCUUUCCUUGGUUGCUGUUGACAUAGCUAGAGUAGCCUUAAAAAUAAGUGGAAUGGUGGGUAGAAUUGAAUUAUUCCUCUUCCUGAAGAAUUCUAACAAAAAAAAAAAAUACUUCAAAAGCUGAAUUUGCAUUUCAAUAGAAUCUCUCAUCAGGGCAUUCUGUCUGCCCGAGGCAAGUAGCAAAUGGUGUCCCCCUGUCCUAAUUAGUGUGUAGUAUCCUUCACAAUAAUAAAUCCAUUAUUUUGCCACCUUCAACAGAAAAUCGCCUCCCCACUUCUUUCCCAAUGUUCAAAAUGCAGUUGGAUGGAUCCAGAUUUAAGUCAUGCUUUUGAGUAAUUUAAUGAAUUUGAACCACACUAAAUUUAUUGGGUCUUUAAUAAUAAACUAAUAGUUUGCUGCAUUUUUACAAUGCUAAAUUCAAGUUGUCUAAGGAUGUUGCGCUUAAUGAUAUGUUUACAAAUGGAAGCCAAGGUCAGAACUAUCACUAAGCUAAAUUAAUUUUGAAUGUAUCACAGAAAGUGUUUAAGUGUUUCAUAGGAAAAAGGACUUUUGGAAGGGAUUUGAAGAGAGAUGGACUCAUAGAAGUGUUUCAAAGUGCAGGUUCCAGUAAGAAAGAAUAGCUUUAGUAAACAAUGGACCUAUUAAUAGCUGAGAGUGAUAAAUCUGGAUAAGCAAAGGCUACAGGUAAGAUGUGGUAGAAUUUGAAAAUCAAUAUGGAAGAACCCAAAAAUUUAUCUGGAUGAUAUUAAAAAUCUGAAUAAGCAUGUGCAGAAGUGAUAGGAGCAUUCUUUUAUUUUUUAUCUAUGAUGCUAAAACUUUCAUCCAGUUAAAGUUGGUAUUAAUUGUUCAGGUUUUUCUUGAACCUUCCAAGAAUGGAGAUUUGUUAAAGGAAAAUUAUAAUGUGACAGUCACUAAUUAAGAAUUUGUUCAUGCUUAUUAACAUAUAAGUAUUGGACUAUCUGAAAAAAAAACAUUUAGAAAAUAAGUAAUUUUUGCUUAUUUGGUGACAUUUUGAAUGUUCCCAAAUACACUAGAUCAGACAAAAAUCUCUGCAAUACACAUUGUUUUCAUAGCAGGAUAAUUAUAAUGAAGGGAAGAUUUGACCUCCCAAAUAUGUCUAAUUUUAAAAUACAAAUACAGAUACACUUUUUAUGCUAUUACUCAUCAUCAUGCUUUUACUAUUUUGUUGCCUUUUCUCCUUUCACAUGCAUGGAAUUUAAACAUUAGUGAAGGUCAUCAUUCAGAAUUAAAGCCUACAUCUACAUCUUCAUUAAUAUCAUUCAUUACAGGCAGUGCGGAAAGCAAGGGUGGAAUAUGGCCUCAAAUUGUUAUAUGUAAGCUGUCCAGGGUUGGAAAGGAGACAAGGAGUGGCUAGUCAUGUGUAAGACUCUUGUGUUUUUUGUUAUCCAAUCAUUAAUUUGCAUCCGACUCUUCCUGACCUGAUGGAUAUUAUUUCACCAUGAUAAUCUGUCAUCAAUUGCUCCUUUGAGUUCUUAUAAAUUGUGCUUGCAUCAUCAGUGAUAAUAUCUAGCCUCCUUGUCUUCUGUUGACUCUUUUUGAUUGAUUAAUUAUUUUUAAAUACUGGGGUCUUUUUAAAUGGUUUUUAACCUUCAUAUUAUGUGUUUGAAAAAUUUAAACUUUAACUUCAUUGUUAGUGCUUUCAUUGAGCAGUCUGCUUUUCACUUCAUCAACCACUGAAUAAUUUAUUUUUCUUGGGGUCAAAAUGUUCUCAAGAAUUUUGUUCACCACCAUAAUUCAAUGGCAGUACUUACAGUCAAGUGUUCUGACCUUUAAAGUUCUGUAAUGUAAUUCUCUUCAAUUUCAAUUGAUGCAAUAAAAGCUUUGGACCCAACUAUAUAUCUACUUUAAAUUAAGGCCAUUUAUGGUUAAAAAGAGAAAAAGAAAUGAGUAAUAUUCAGAUUUUUAUAAAUAACUGAUCUGGAUGUGAAUGUUUUAAGGGGUUUAGAGAAAUCUGUGGUUUGUAGGCUAGCAUCAGAAUCAAGUAAUCCCAAACAAUAUUUUUUUCAAUGUUACACAAUCAGUUCAAGCAAAGGAGUGGGAAAAAUAAUUAAAUGGAAUAAGCAUGUGAGAGGUAGAAGUAGUGAUUAGCACUCAGGGCAACCCAAAUUGCCUUAUCCAUUUCAGCUUCUUGUUAGUCUCCAAGUUUAGUUUUUUUUCCAUGCUGGGAAGCCCAAAUUUGAAAUGGAGGGCAAGUUGAACCACUGAAAUCUAAGAUUUUAUUCCCUUGCCACUUCUUAAAAUAUCAGUGUAAAUUAGGCUAAUUGCUAAAUUAUCUUAAAGGGAUUCAACAUGGAAUCUCUUAUUGUACUGCUUAGCUGUGAAAUAUUCCCAUGUUAGAUAAAUUCAACUGCAAAUUAAACUGGGAAAGUUGACAUUUUAGACCAAAUCAAUUCUAGGACCAAAAUCCUAGGAAAUUUCUGAAAGCUAGAUAUUUUGACAAAUCAGCCAUUUAUAGAGACAUAGAUAUAAGCCUUGUCUAUAUUCCAAUUAAAAAAUACAAUCAAAAGUCAAGGUGAAAAGCAAGCUGCCUUGAGCACACCCUCACUUGUAACUAUUGUCCAGAUAAUCAGUAACAACACCAAAUAAACCAUCAGUAACAAUAACACUAACAGUAUAACAAAGCUGAAAGGGAUGUUGGAAGUCUUCGUCCAACCCCCUUCUCAAGCAGGAGACCUUAUACCUGUGAUGGCGAACAUAUGGCACGCGUGCCAUAGGUGGCACGCAGAGCCAUAUUGGUGGGCACGCAAGCUCAGCUCCGGUGCACAUGCACAUGCUGGCCAGCUGAUUUUCGGGCCUUCUGGGCCCACUGGAAUUCGGCAAACAGGCCAUUUCUGGCCUUUGGAGGGUCUCCGGGGGGGAAGGCCAUUUUCACUCUCCCCAGGCUCCUAGAAAGUCUCUGUUGCCUGGGGAGGGCAAAAAAUGAGCCUACCGGGCCCACCAGGCCCACCAGGCCAUCACAUGCCAAAAACAGGGGAAGCACGGGGGGGGGGGUCGCACACACAUGCGCAGGGGCGGGGCACAUAGAAUUAUGAGUGUGGGCACACGAGUGCACAACCCCCCCAUGCUCCCCCCACUUUUGGCACACAAUGGCAAAAAGGUUAGCCAUCACUGCCCUAUACCAUUCUGGACAGAUGGCUGUCUAAACGCUUCAUAAAAACUCCCAGAGAUAGACUUUUUUGUUUUUUUCUUUGAAGAUGUUUUGCUUCUCAUCCAAGAAGCUUCUUCCAAUGAUGGUGCAUCCACAACUUCUGAAGGCAAGCCAUUCCACUGGUUAAUUGUUCUCACUGUCAGGAAAUUUCUCCUUAGUUCUGGGUUAGAUCACUAUUUGCUCUAUUUGUUUCCAAACAUUCUAUAUAUUUAUUUAUUUAUUUUGUCAAGCAUGUAUUAGAUAACAGAUAUAAGUAUAAACAUAAUUAUGAAUACAUGAAAUGGAUAUGAAUAGAAGAAAACAUUAGGACAGGGAUGGUAGGCAUGCUGGUGUGCUUUUGCACGCCCCUUAAAGACCUCUUAGAAAUGGGAUGAGGUCAACAGUAGACAAUCUAAGGGUAAAGUUUUGGGGGUUUGGGGAAGAAACCACAGAGUCAGGUAGUGCAUUCCAGGCAUUAAUAACUCUGUUACUGAAGUUGUAUUUUCUGCAAUCAAGUUUGGCACAGUUUACCAUAAGUUUGUAUCUGUUAUAUGAUCGUGUAUUGUUGCGGUUGAAGCUGAAGUAUUCAUUGACAGGUAGGACAUUGUGGCAGAUAAUUUUAUGUACUAUGCUUAGGUCGGACCAAAGAUGGUGAAGUUCUAAGUUGUUUAAGCCCAAAAUUUCAAGUCUGGUGGCAUAAGGUAUUCUGUUGCGAGCAGAGGAGUGAAGAACACUUUUGUGAAAUAUCUCUGGACUCGUUCAAUUGUAUUAAUGUGCAAUAUGCAGCACGGGUUCCAGACAGAUGAGCUGUAUUCAAGAAUUGGUCUAGCAAAAAUUUUGUAUGCCCUAGUUUGCAGUUCAGUAUUACCGGAGAAGAAGCUAUGCAAGAUUAGGUUAAUAACUUUUAAUGCCUUUUUGGCAAUGCUCUUACAGUGAGCUCUGACACUUAGAUCAUUUGAGAUGAGUAUUCCAAGGUCCUUGACAGAGUGAGAGUUGUCUACGAGGUUGUAUCCACCCAGCUUGUAUUUUGUGUUUUGAUUUUUUUUUGCCAAUGUGUAAGACAGAACAUUUGUUGGUUGAGAUUUGGAGUUGCCAAUUGUUUGACCAUUGUGACAGAUAGUCGAGGUCUUUUUGUAGAGUAGCAGCAUUGUCGGUGGUGUUGAAUAGUUUUACAUCAUCAGCGAAGAGAAUGCAGUUGCUUAUAAUAUGAUCACAAAGGUUGUUUAUGUAAAGUAUAAAGAGUGUGGGCCCUAAAAUGCUUCCUUGGGGGACACUGCUGUUAACAGAUGCAGGGUUUGAUAGGGUGUUCCCUAUUUUGACUACUUGUUGCCUGUUUGAUAGGAACGCAGCUAUCCACUUAUGCAGGGAUCCGGAAAUGCCAUAAGAUUUUAGUUUUAGAAGUAGUUUGUCAUGUACUACUGAAUCAAAGGCUUUACAGAAGUCUAUAUAAAUUGUGUCUAUUGCUUUAGCCUGGGUCAAGUUGUGAAGUCCAAAUGUUUUUGCAAUGUAAAAGUUGCAGAUUGCAGUACAAUUUUUUUUCUGAAGCCCAACUGUUUGUUAGAGGUUGUUUGUCUCUAAGUAGAGGUAAUGGAUUAGUUUAUGAUUGAUUCCAUGACUUUGCAUGUGACGUCACAUAAUGAGAUUGGUCUGUAAUUUUCAAUUAGGCAGGGGUCACCCUUUUUGAAGAUAGGGAUGACUGUGGCUAGUUACCAUAAGUCAGGCAAGGAGCUGGUUCUUGUCAUGUCCUCAGGUUCUUUGGAGAAUAUGUUGACACUCUCCUCUCUGUGACAGCCCCUCAAAUAUUGGAGAACUGCUAUCAACUCAUCCCUAAUCCUUCUCUUCUUUGACUAGAUAUACCCAGUUCCUGCAACUAUUCAUCAGAUGUUUUAUCCUCCAAUUCCCUAAUCAUCUUUGAGCGGUUCUCUGCACUCUUUCUAGAGUUUCAAUAUCUUUUUUUGUAUCCUGGUGACCAACACUGAAUGCAGUAUUUCAAGAGUGGUCUUAUCAAUGCAGUUGAUAAGUAGUUCUAACAGUUCAUGUGAGCUUGAUACUAUCCCUCUGUUGAUGCAAUCUAGAACUGCAUCGGCUUUUUUGGCAGCUAUAGCACACUGCUAGCUCAUACUUCAGUGGUUGUUCACUAAAACUCCUAGAUCCCUCACAGCUACUGCUGUUGAGCCAGGUACCAUUAUUCUAUACCUGUGCAUCUGUUUUUUUUCUGCCUCACUCUUCUCACCACUGAAUUGCCCAGUGUUCUGGAUCUUGAGCCUAUCUUUUAAAGUGUUGGUUAUUCCCCCCCCCCAACUUGAUGUUGUCUCCAAAUUCGAUGAGUUCCCUUUCUAUUACCAUAUCUAAAUUGUUUAUGAAAAUGUUGAAGAGUACUGAGCCUAAGAAAGAACCUUGGAAUACCCGACUGCAUGCUUCCCUCCAUGAUCCCUCCACUGAGGAUUACAUGUCUAAUGUGUUUGAUCAGCCAGUUACAAAUCCAUCUAGUGGGUGUUGUCUAUCCCACAUUUUUCUAUUUUACUAAAAAGUAAGCUGUGGUCUAUAUUGUCAAACACCUUACUGAACUCCAAGUAUAAAAUAUCCACAGCAUUCAGGAAAUGCUGAAUCAGGGAACAAACAAUACCCUAAUCAGGGAAGAAACCAAGAUUAGCAGGGCAAGCUGCUAUAUAUAAAUAAUUGGCAAAUCCUUUGUUGAUAUUACCUAGCCUGGCAAUGAAAUGUUUUCAGGAAAACAUACAGGCUCAGAGAAUACCAAGAACCCAAUGAAUGAAUAAUAGGGUAAUAGAGCUCAAAAAAAUAAUCACCGUUCCAAAACCCCAACACAGAAUGCCACAUAAUUGCAAGACAGCCUACAAGAUAAUGAUACUAAUGAGAAUUAAAGCCAUGCAGGAAUAAUUAGAGAAUCUUAACUUAUAUUAAUUAUUAAAUACACAGAAGCUAGUAUAUGAUAUUUAUGGGAGGCAGUGAGGUUGAAUAUCUAAAAUUUGCCAGAUGAAUGAGUCAUUUUAAUCCCUGAUUUUAAAUUGCACCAAAAGGACACUCAGGAAUUUGUUGUUGUUGUUGUUAUUGUUAAAUUAAAUCUCCAUGGCCAACCAUGUCAUCUGAACUGCUGCUUAGAAUUUUCAAUGACCUCCUUCUUCCCAAGAUUUAAAUAAUGUACUAGGGAGACCCUAUGGAAAUGGGGAUGCUACGGAAAUAUUGCAUCUGUCAUUGUUCUGUUCUCCCCCAAUCCCCCAGAACAUAGGGCAGAUACAGACUAGGUGGUUAAGGGUCUCUUAAAUCUGCAGUCCUUUGUUGUGUGCUAUAGAUUUUUUUCAGUGCUUUUGGAAAUAAAGGAGGAGUAGGGGAAUAGUACAGGAAAUGAUGGCCUCCCAGACUUCUUCAUACCAGCUGGUACAGUGUCUUCUUCUUUGGGAGAAUUGUAAAGGUAAGCGAUAAACAGCAAUCCAACCAGCUGGGUUGUACAUAGAUGUGCACAAAGUGCAUCAAAUGACUCUGAAGGGAUAGCUGAAUAAUUCAUUUCCUAUGAACAGGACUAGAAUCUAGGACUUGAUGAGUUCAUAUUAGUUAUAACAGAGAAAUAUUCCUGAAUGUUUCUUGCAUUGGUUGAAAAUACACAUACAAUUAAGAGCCAUGGUAGCACAGUGGUGAGAAUGCAGUAUUGCAGGCUAACUCACUGCUCAUCCAACAGUUUGAUCCUAACCGGCUCAAGGUUGACUCAGCCUUCCAUCUUUCCAAGGUCAAUAAAAUGAGGACCCAAUAUGUUGGAGGCAAUAAACUACCUAGAAAGGGCUGUAUGAAGCAGUAUAUAAGUAAGUGCUAUUGCUAUUGCUAUAAUUUUGCUAUACUUCUUUUAAUUUUUUUUCAGGGCCUAUACAUAUAUAUUUAUGGUGUGUGCAUGUGCAUAUUUAUAAUAUUAAUUAUAACUAACAUAAUAUCAUUAAUAGUAAGUUACUGAUGUCAUUUAUACCACCAUUAAGUGCCAAUGAGAGAAUUUGCAAAGUAUGUACAUACAUAUGCAUGCACCAGCAAAAUCCACUGUAAACAAAUUACUUGCUCUACAGAGGCAGUGAGUUACUCUUGGCAGCUCACAAGCAAUUGAAUUGGGUUGCUUAGGCUCUUGCAUUUGAACCUGGCAAGAUGAUCUCAGAUUAGUCUGUGCCAAGGGAGUCCAAAGAAGCUGAUUCCUGGCAUGGAAUUCCUGUGGCAUGGACCAGUUAGGAAUUAGCUUGCCAGGAUGACAUACUGUGCAGUACAUACAGAGUAGUCAGUCCUUGUUUAGUUGCUUGCGAGGUACACAACAAAGCAGCACACGCUGCCUCUGCAGAUGCCAGCCACAGCUGCUGGAGCAGGGCCGGAUUUUCCUAUAGGCUAACUAGGCUUCAGCCUAGGGCCUCAAGAUCAAGAGGGGCCUACAUUCAAAUUGUUAGCAAAAUUAAAAUUACACUUUCACUAUAGGUGAAAGGGCCUCAUAAGUGGAAUAGCCUAGGGCCUCUUUUCAUCUAAAUCCGGCCCUGUGCUGGAGGAACAUAAAAAAAACGUAAUCUAUGACCAACCCUCCCAAAAGGGUUCAUCACUGCUCAUCACUGCUUCAUAGAGACCAGCCAUGAAAGCUUACACCCAUAUUCUGUAUUAUUUGCUUCUAUAGUUAAUCAUCACUUGCCUUUGUGGAUGGAAGAAACACCUCGUGCCUUUUUUCUUCUGCAUGUUUAUAUUUUUUAAAAAACUAACACAAGAUAAUUGCAGUCACCAAUUCCAAUAGAAUUAUGCUUUAAUUUGCAUUCCUGUAGAACUAUGGAUUUUAAAAAAAUUGCUCAUUUAUUACAGAAUUCUAAGAAAUGGGAGCGGGUGGGAAUUAAUUUGAAGACACAAACAUUGUUACAGCAGCUUUCACUGGAGCUUUGAUCCUUUCAAUAAGGAAAAGAAAACAAGAAAAAAUUUAGAUAACUCAUAUAAUUUGGAAAGACGUAUUAAGGCUUAGUGUUCCUAUUUAUAUAUUCUUGCCUGACUGAGCUGCUCCUCUGGAAGCUUGAUGCUGCAUACAGUAAAUUCUUCACUCAAUAAUGCUGUAUAAUGAUUCUGUGCCAUCUCUUUGUUGUCUUAGCUAGGAGCAUUAAAACAAGACUUUAAUUGGCCUCAUUAAUCUGAUUUCAAGAAGAAAUGUAUAAAACAUUCCCUAAAAAAAUGAAUAUGGAAUUGAAUCCAAAUAGGUUGACUAGUUGUUUGCCUUUUAAUUUCUUUAAAAAGCAGGUCAGUUAUGUAACUCAGUAUGCUGUAAAAGAUUCUGAGUUGAAGAAAUAAGAUAAAGUCUAGAAGUCCUUACCAAAAAAGAAAAGGCUGUAUCUGGAAUUGAUAGGGAUAGAGGAUAGGGAAAUAAGAAAGGAAAUGAAAUAAUCUAAAUUCUAUUCAUCUGCUUCAUUCAGGUAGGAAAUUUCAUUGAAAAAUUGUCCGACAGACAAUCAUUAAGGGAUGUUUAGGGAAACAUUCUAGACCCUAUACUACAUAAUACUAAAACUUUUGUGUCUAUUUGAUACUUUGUAAUCUUCAGUUGGGUGAAAUGCUGAAUCACAGAGCCAAACUUUGUCAACAAAGGUGUCUCAUUUGGAUUAAUUUACAGAAUGCCAGUACCAUUAUACCUAAAAGAAUGACAUUUGGGGAUUUUAUUUUAUUUUUUGCCAUUUUCAGUGCUGUUGGGCUGCUGUAGUUUAGUGCCACCACCACAUUGCCAUAGUCAGCUGUGGCCACAUGAUUCUCAUUUUCAACAUUCCCUGACAGAUUCCACAAGUCAAUGGGGAACCCAGAAGGAACUGAUAUGCUUACCGAUACUCCUGGCCACCUUCUAACUAGCAAAGUCUAUACUUGUGGGAAGCUUGCAGGGAGAAAGUCAAUAGAAAAAUGGUGCAAUGUUCACCAAUCCUUCUGCACUUGCACUACACUGGCCAUUUGUAUGCUGCCUUGCCACUAACCUGUCUGUGGAAAGGAAAGGAAAGGGAACAGGGAGGGAGGGAGGGAUGCAAGAGAAGGAAGGAAAAAAGGAGGGACGGAGAGAGGAAAGGAAGGGAGAGAGGGAUGGAGGAAAGAAAUAAGAGGAAAGAAGGAAGGAAGGAAGGAAGGAAGGAAAGAAGGAAAGAAGGAAAGAAGGAAAGAAGGGAGGGGGCAAUAGGGAGGAGAGGGAAAAGGAAAAGCAGAUUUCUGAUGUUCACUGCCAGCUUCCAUGAGGAAAGUCAAUGGGGAAACCAACAAGAAGUUGUUCUGAUUACAGUACUUGUCUAUCCUUGGUCAACUGUUUGCCUGCUUAGGUAAAGAAAUAUUUCUGAAACAAUAACUCAAUGAAUCAUGGGUUAUCUAGUCAUAAUUAAAGUUCUCAAUUUCCUUAAUAUGUAUUGCAUAGCCUUUUGCAGUUUUCAUAACUGCACUGUUGGGGCAACUAAGUAAAACUGUGUCAAAUUCAUAUAAUAGCAAACGGCCAAGGACUAUUGCUAUGACUGAUAUAAAACUUGCAUUUUUUAAGAUAAUGAUAGCAAUUUAGCAUCACUACUUGUGAUGUUAUUUUCCAUCAUGAGUUCUACAAUAUUCUUAAAAGAAAUUCAAUGACAUUUUCAAAAGUGGAAUAUUAUCAUUAGGGAAUGAAAAGGCUAAUCGUAGGGAACAUCUGAAACGGUCACCAAAACAUGGGUAUAUAGUAUUUCCAUCCCCCUUCCUUCCAAGUCCUUUAAAUGACCUUAGCACCUUGGAUGCUAGCUAUGAGCUCUUUGAUAAAAUUUAUUAUUCAUUCCUUUCAUGGCAAAUAGUUUUACAGUUUACUGCUGAGAGAUCCUGAGUUUAUGCUCCUUAUUUAAUACCUCGUGGUAUCCUGUUCCAGCUAAGAACUUCCUUCCUUCCCUUGUAAACUGCUUGCUCUGAUUAUUGACAGUGAUUAGAUUUACAGCCAACAUUAUGGUAUGGCUUCUAUAAGACCAAUUGAAGUCAUCUGUACUAGUGAAGUCUCUUGUGUUUGUGGUUUGCAAUAUAUAAGGUACUUAUUCUCUUCCUGUGUUGUAUAAUACAGUAAGUUUAUUUCCAUCAAUGACAACAAGGGCAUGAUGCAGAAUAUGCUGCUGUAGCAACAAGGAAGAAAUAGACAACAGUUGGAAUCUAUAGAAGAGAGAAAAGUCCAGUUUGAUCAUAUUUAUCAGUCCAGGUUACUUUUAUUAAGGCCGCCAGGUGACAUUGCUACAUAUACAUUUUUGACUGGGAGAUGUCUGAAGAUAUCUGAUUUCAGAAUUUAAAAAAAAACUGCUUUUAAAACUGCUUUAAAAAAAACUAUUAAAGAAGCAUGAAGAAUUGAUUAUUUUAAAAGGUACAUAACCCUUGAUACAUAUCUCAAGGCCACAAGCUAAGAAAAUAACAGAGAAACAUGUAGUAGAGUGGCUCAGAAGCAAUAUUUCACUUUGACAUAAUAUUUUAAAAUGGUAUUGUUAUUGUACAAAAUGAAGUAUCUGUUGUUGUUAUUGUGACUACUGUUUAAAGCACAAAAUAAAAUAUAAGACUUGGCAUCUACUAUCAUGGCACAUAAGAAAAUAAAGCUACUAUUAAUCAUAAAAUACAGAUUGAAUUGUAUUGCUUAUUAUAUCACAUUUGUUUUAAAUUGGAAAAACUACAUUUUAAUAAGGCAGUUGAUCAUUUCAUUUUAUGGCUAAAGUUCAUAAAACAUAAUUCACUGAAAUGUCUCAGAUAAAUGACACUAGAGCAACUUUCAAUCAUUGGAUUUCAACUUCAUUUCUACCACUGAGGGUAUAUCUGUGCUUACCAUUUAGUUGUUCUGUUCUUGCUCAUGUCAGCUUGAUUUUUAAGUGUCCAGAUUGGAAAAACUCUGGCAAUAUCUUUCAUAUUAAGUACGGAGUGCAGGUUAUCAUAUUGCCCCAUUAUACAAUUUUCACAUUGCUAUACUCUCCAUGUUUUUCUUUCAAUAAAAUGGUUGCCAAUAA